AUGUGUACGGGAAAGUGUGCCCGCUUUGUGGGGCUCUCCCUCAUCCCCCUUUCCCUGGUCUGCAUUGUGGCCAACGCCCUCCUGCUGGUGCCUAAUGGGGAGACUGCCUGGUCCGACCACCUCAGCUUGCAAGUCUGGCUUAUGGCUGGCUUCAUCGGCGGGGGCCUGAUGGUACUGUGUCCGGGAAUCGCAGCCGUUCGGGCAGGGGGCAAGGGCUGCUGCGGUGCAGGCUGCUGUGGAAAUCGCUGCCGGAUGCUGCGCUCAGUCUUCUCCUCGGCGUUCGGAGUGCUUGGUGCCAUCUACUGCCUCUCGGUAUCCGGAGCCGCACUCCGAACUGGACCCAAAUGCUUAAUGAGCGGCACGUGGGAUUACCACUUCGAAGAGACCCUAGGCUCUUACCUGCUCAACCGCACCCUGUGGGGUCUGUGCGAGGAGCCGCCCGGUGUGGUCUGCUGGAAUGUGACACUCUUUUCGCUGCUGGUGGCUGCCUCGUGCCUGGAGAUCGUGCUGUGUGGGGUGCAGGUGGUGAACGCGACCGUUGGUGUCUUCUGUGGCGAUUGCAGGAAGGAGGUGGGACGGCGUGGGGUGGAUUUGUAGAGGGCACCUACUUGCUCCCUGGCUGCGUCCUCACUUUCUCUUUUCCGCAGGACGCCCCUCACUGAGGCUCCCCCUGCUUGCUCCUGGACGCCCCCCGCUCCGGCUCCCCGCCCCACCCCCGGCUGCCC